AUGGAUCAGGUCCAGGGUGACCGAGCUAGAAUCCGCAUUCAAAUGGUGCCAACCUGGGAAAAUUCCUCUGUGAAGUUUGAUCUCGUCGCUUUAGAGCGUGCCCAGAAGGUUGUUAGUAGCGUUGUUGGUAGCGUUGUUGGUGGAUCGCUGUUGGACGAGCCUGAAAGUUGUGCUGCUCACGACAGCGCAGAGAUGGCACAAAUGACAACCAGGACUAUAAUGUUUGCUUCAUUCCAAGAUGUCAUCAGCGGAAAUUUGGCUGGAUUUACCUCGGAGGAGGAUUGUGAUCGCCGUGUGGAAGCUCUCCCGCAGGCUGUCUUGCUAUAUGAUGCAAAGCUAUGCAAACGAGACGAGACAAAGUCUAUUGAGUGA